CCUUCACGUUACUACAGACGCCCCCCAGCCCCAGGAGUUAUGCGCCUUGCGCCCUUUCAUUAGGCUAUGCAUGUAGAUCAAGGCCUAUAUUUUGAUUUUGAUUGAGUCAUAGAUGCCCAGCUAGAUCGAGAUCGAGAUCUAGAGUCUAGGUCUAGCACCGAGCGAUAAUAUUGAGUUAAUUAGGCUGACAGUUUCAUGAAAAUACAUUUUUUGCCCGUCUGAAAGCUGCAGGUCAUUUGCAUGGCUGUGGCUUUAGUACUUUAGUAGUUGGAAAUCUAGAUCUGUAUGAUGUUAGUGAAUGUUAUGAUUCUUUGAUGAGAUUUAUCAGUGAAGCUGAGCAGCUUGAUUUCUCCCGAUUCUACAGCUUUUAGUAGCAAUGGAGUGUGGUGCUGGCUCAGGCUGUUAUUUUAUUGUAGUUACCCUCCGUUAGGCCUAGAGAUCUAUAACCUUCAUAGAUCUAAUGAUUCUGGUACUUCAGCAAGGCCACAUUAAUUAGUCUACACUACACGAGUUACAGUUUUUUAUAGUGUUUCGCUCUGUUGUGUGCCAUGUCAUUCUGGAAGUGCCUCAGUUAAAAUAGAAGCGUAGAAGACUACAUCUAAAUCUAGAUCUAGAAUCUAAAUCAGGUAGGACUCAAAAAAUGGAGAAUGAGUCUUUAACUUCAAAUUCAAGUGCCCCAAAGGCAAAGGUUUCAAAGGAUAUUUUAGUAGAACCUACUAAUGGUUUCAUCACACCACCGCCACCGGUGCAGCAUUCAAGCAAAGAUCUUUCGUCCUAUCAAUAUAAUGUGAAUGAUGAGCUGCGUAAUAAUCGACCUUUGAAGAAAGUUGUGCCACCUCAUGUGUGUGGGCAGAAGAAAGAGGGAAAUGAGACCGAAUCAGAAGGCAUAGUGAAAACCCCAAGAAUGACGUCUACUCUGGAUGAUUUCGAGGUUCUCUCUACCAUUGGAACAGGGUCAUACGGUACCUGUAAAAAGAUCAAGAGGAAAAAAGAUGGAAAAGUUAUGGUGUGGAAGGAGAUGGAAUAUGGUUCUAUGUCCGAGUCGGAGAAGCAAAUGUUAGUGUCUGAGGUAAAUCUACUACGAGAACUGAGACACCAGCACAUUGUUCGCUACUUUGACAGGAUUAUUGACCGCACAAGAUCCAUCAUCUAUAUUAUCAUGGAAUACUGCCAGGGCGGGGACCUCUCUUCUAUCAUCGCUCGCAACAGGAAAGAAGGAUCUUUCAUCCCUGAAGAAUUUGCUUGGAAAAUUUUGAUUCAGACAACAUGGGCCCUGAAAGAGUGCCAUCGUCGGAAAAAUGGGAAAGCGGUUCUUCAUCGAGAUCUGAAGCCUGCAAAUGUCUUUCUUGAUGCAGAGUCUAAUGUGAAACUUGGAGAUUUUGGUUUGGCCAGGGUUUUACAUCACGAGAGCAGCUUUGCACAGACUUAUGUGGGCACUCCAUACUAUAUGUCACCCGAACUUGUGAACAACUUGUCAUACAACGAGAAAUCUGAUGUAUGGUCACUUGGCUGUAUGCUGUAUGAACUGUGUGCCUUGGUACCACCCUUCACUGCCUCCAACCAAAGUGAACUGAACCGCAAGAUCAGAGUUGGAGAAUUUUCUCGUCUUCCUAUUCAAUACUCUCUAGAACUCGACCUCAUCAUUCGUAAGAUGAUCCAAGUAGAGGUCGUGCGGCGACCGAGCAUCGAUUCCAUUCUAGCAGAUCCGAUCGUGCAGUGCAAGCAGGAAACCUUGGAGAGAAGAAUGAGUGCUGUCCCGUUGUGCGGUGAUUUAGCCAGUGAUCAGUCUGGUGGAUCUGAUCAAGACCUUGCCAACAAACAGGAAGAGCUUCAGGCCAAAAUGAGACAGCUGGAACUAAAAGAAAAGGAACUCGAGAGUCGCGAAAAAAGUGUUGCUUUGAGGGAAAAACUUGCUGAAGAAAAAAUGAAAAAAGCUCUGGAACUUCUAGACCAGUACCGGCGUGGAGACACCAGCUCUACUACUGCGACACCUGUUGCCACUCCGAGGUCCAUCAUCCCUUGGUCACCAUCACAAGAAGACUGCAGCUUCGGCUCCCCCCACUCUUGCUUAUCCAAAGGUAGAGAUCCAGAGUCGCCGAAAAAGCAUGUCACAUUCCACGACUACUUGAAUGGGAAGGAAAACCUUCGACAGAGAUCAUCACCAUACUCAGGCUUGACGCUGAAUGCUUAUACAGGCCUGUACACAGGGAGAGAGGAAACAUAUACCCGUGACCUCUUGAGGAGAGAUGAAGUCAGAGAUCGAUUGUUUUCAGCCAAAGACAGAACCAGUCUUGGAAGCAGGGAUAUAGAUUCAAGGUUUACGUCAAAGAAUUUGCUAUAUUUUAGGUGAAUACGCAGAAUGUGCAUGAUGAAAUUUUCACCAAUGAUCCACUGGUGUAUAGAUCGAGAUUAUUUUUUUCUAGAACCCAACAAAGAUGCGAAAAAGUUUUCAUGUUGAUCUCAUUACUAUUGUGAACUUUUGUGAUCACUGGAGACGUGUUGAAAGGGUAAAGUUCUUUAUUUUACUGACACUAAUACAAUACUCAAUUAAGAGAUAAAAGAAUGGCUCCCUUUUCCUCAGGGGAGGGCAAGAGUUUUCCCAAAAUUAAAAAAAAAUUAUGGCACACUGAAUGGCUAACGAGUACUAGGUAUAGAGCUAGGUAUUUAUAUAUUAUAUUUUUUUAAAUCGUAUCUUGGCUCUAAAAGACUAACCCAAACCCUUUAGCAGAUUUUAACAUUUUGCUUUUCUUACCUUGAUUAGUUGUUUCAAGAGUGACACUGGGAGACUUAUAACAUAUAAUGUUGUUAAUUCAAGAAGAGCAGCAAUUCAGGAGAUGAUGAUUGCAUAAACACUGCCUUUACGAGUACAUCCAAGCUUGGGCAUGCCAAGCAUCACUGCCCAGAAUUACAACCAUGAUUUAUUUUAUUUCAUAAAACUCGCCCCCUCAUCUCAUUUCUUUUCUUAGUAAACCAGCAGUUAGUUACUUUUUCUACCUAUUUCAAUUGUUUUGGUUUUACCUCUUAUUGUAUUAACAUUCAUGACUUUUUUGUUUAACAAGAAUUUUUAGUAUUUCCAGGAUUGUGCAUAGCAUAACAUAUCAAAGAUAAAAGGAAAAAUUGCUUAUAGGUAUCUUUUAUUCUGUAAAAUUCCAAACGAGGGAAUAAUAGCCUAUUAACAUAGAUGUUAGCCUUAAAAACAAGGGGAAUCUCAAUACACAUGUUCUCUAAACAGUGCUAUAAUACAAAAUUCUAUGCAUUGAGGUCCAGACAUUAUUACUAUUACAUCAUAUUUGACAGAGCCCAUCCCCCGCUACAGGUUUGACAUUUCAUUGAAUGCUUAAGUUAUACUAUACAUGAUGUCUGUAGUACUCAUCAUUUUGGACUCGUAAAACACCAGGCUUUUUGUUUCUUUUGUUGUAUUUGAUACCCUUAUAUUGUGAUGCUUAUUUAUUGAUUACUAUACAGCUGAAGGAUUUUACUCAAAAAUAUACUAGAACUUUCUUUGUGAUAUAAAAAAUGUAAUGGUUUAGUGCCAUUGUUAUUACAUGUUGGCCUUCUUUUAGUUCUAAAAUAAUGUUUCAUUUUUCUUUGAUGACAUACAACCUGAUGUGCUAUAAUCUACAACCCAGUUGUCUGUGUUUGUUCAUCAGCGUAGCAUGAAAGAUAAAAUGGCUAUGACACAGUGAAGUGCUCAAUGUAGAUAAAAUAAAGUGUCAAUUUCCAUUUCAUUUUAUUUCUUGGAUUACCAUGAUCCCAAAAUAGUUCUAUAUGUAUUGAUAACAAAUCUGCCAUUUUUGGUUUUUAUAAAAUAUUGUUAUUGAUGAAUAUCUUGAUGUUUUAAAGAAUUUUCUUUUUCAACUUCAAAUAGAGACUGUUUUUCAUUACCUAUAUGGUCACUUUUAAGGACAAAGGGGCUAACCCAGAUUUCAGGGAUUUCCAAAAAUCUUGAC